CUUCCGGGGCAGGUGCCGGCCUCAACCAAGAUGGCGGCGCCCAGGCGCCCCUAAGCGGAGGGGAGGGGGGCGCUGCGCUGCCCGAGGGGGGCACCGUUUCCCCAUGGCGCUGAGCGGCCGCUGCACGCUGCUGGCGGCCGGCAGGCUCCAGGCACGCGGAGCGGGUUUUCGUUUUGCAUCAACUACGGCAAGUCUCAAACCAGAGAGCGAAGUGGACACGAGGGAAAAUGAGGUUGUUGCCUCAGACUUUACUAACAGGAACCCUCGGAACCUGGAGCAGUUGGCACUCGCUAGGAAGGAGCGCGGCUGGAAGACAACAUGGCCAAAGCGUGAAUUCUGGCACAGAUUACGGCUGGAGCGGACGCAGCAUUACGUAGAGGCCUUUGUUGAGCGCUGUAACGGAGAUGUUGUAGUAUCUGCCUCUACUCGAGAGUGGGCAAUAAAGAGACACCUCUACAGCCCCAGGGGGGUAACAGCGUGCAGAAACCUUGGCCGUGUAAUGGCGCAGCGCUGCUUGGAAGCGGGAAUCAACUUUGUGAACUUUAAAGCUGUUAUUCCCUGGGAACGUCGUUGUGACUCGAUUCAAGAAUUUGAAAAAGCUAUGAAAGAGGGUGGUGUUGUUCUGCAAGAGCCACGAAGAAUUUAUCUGUAAAAUGGAGAUCAUCGGGAAAACUUUCCAAGGAAAGUGGAGAACCACUUCUUUAGGUGUGUGUACAGGCAAAAUGAAGGUCCAGGAAUGGAAAAAUCUGGAGUACAGCAUCUACUAAUAAAACAUUUUUAAAUGGG